UGGCAAAUGAGAAAAUAAAAAGAAAAAAAGAGAGCUUUUGCUUGGAGCAGGUCAGCAGGAUGUUUCCUGAGCAGCAAGAAAUUAUACACACAGCAACAAAGGCUUAAGCUUUAUUCUCUGCCCCACCUCAUCACCGUCUUCUUCCAAUCUCAGCUGCAGUUUGUUCAACUUGCACUCAAGGAAGACAUGGAAGAUGUCCUCACAGAGAUUCCACCACCUUCAAGGUUCUUUCAGGAAGAUCUUAACAACUUCACGCCUCCUUCAUCACCACUUCCAUCUCCGUUCCUUCUAUUCUCUAAUCCUAAACCUGAUCAACCACUUCUUCCAUCUCUCCUCGUCAUUGCCUUAUCUACCUCAUCUCAUUUUGUCUUUGACCAUGUAUCCUCAAAGACCUUAAUUGGCAGUGUCUUCCUACCUGAGAUCCCUUUCUCUGGCAACACUAUUAAACCUUCUCUUGGAGACAAAUCCUGCAACAUUUACGCCCUAAAUGAUGCUGAUAGUUUGACUUUUCUGGUUUGUAUUCAGUGCUCUGUCAGUACUGAGAGAUCUAAUGCAGUUGCAAAGUUGCUUAUAGGUGAACAAAUUAUUCCGGAGAGGGUUCUAAUCUUGGAUUCAGUUCAGAGCCAGAAUUUCAGGGGUAAGCUCUCAUCAGAUGAGACGUGUGCUUUCAAGCUAGAGACAUUGGCAGAGAGGAAAGGACAAGAUGGUGUUUAUGGAGGUUCAUCCUUAUUGAAAGGUUUAGACUAUUUUCCUUCAGGGAGUAUGGUGGAUGGCUUGGCAGCUGCACUCUUAGCUCGAUGCCAGAUGAGGAACAUUAGAGGAACUCUUUGUCUUUCCUGGCCUCAGUAUGGUGGUUCUGUGGUAGCUCUUAUAAAGUCUAUCCUGCAGAGAACUGUACUGCAUGGCAUUGACUUGAGCUCUAAGGGAGAUGCUGAGGAUAAAUAUUUAAGGUUUGGCAAGAUCAAGGAUCAUCCUUUUGAUUCUGAACUGUAUACCUGAUGAAGUAGGUUUGAAGUGCUUAUUUAACUCAACUUUUGUAUCAAACAAUUCUAUGACCAGAAAUUAAUGUCUUUGUUUCCCUUUGACAUGAUUAAAAGCUUUGAUUUCAUGA